GUGCUGAGGGAAGGGGCCUUGAAGAAGGGAGUGUUCCUCGGGAAGAGGAAGCAUUUGCGUUUCUGCAGCCUGGGAACCCUGCUGGCAAGUGCGAGGAGCCAGGACACCAGAUGGGGCCUGAAGCGCGAGGGUCUCAGCUUACUGGAGAGGGGUCGGUGAGAUCCGGAAGGGAACGGCGGGGAGAGGUCCUAGGAGAGGCGCAGGCUCCCCGGACAGUGGAAGAGUGUCCGGAAGGACAGAAGGCUGGAGGCCGGCGAGAAGGGCGACCCCGGAGAUCUGAUGGGGUGGAGGUCGGCGAGCUGUCAGCUGUCAGGACUUGGGAGGCUCGUAGCCAGGGAAACCAGACUCAGGCUUGCGAGGGGGAUGGAUCCGAAAGGGAUUUCUGGUAGGUCCUGUUUUAGGACGAGAUGCAGUACUGUUGAAACGCCAAUCUGCUUUGGUUCAGGCCGUUGGCUUUUCAGCUGGGAAGCCAUUUCUUCUUCUUCUUCUUUUUUUUUUUUUUUUCCGACUUACUGAACUUAUGAAACCAUGGCGGAAGGAGAGAGAGAGUCAUCUGGGCCCAAAAAGCGUGGUCCCUACAUCUCAUCUGUCACUAGCCGGAGUGUGAACUUGAUGAUUCGAGGAGUAGUGUUGUUUUUCAUUGGAGUGUUUCUUGCAUUAGUGUUAAAUUUGCUUCAGAUUCAGAGAAACGUGACACUCUUUCCACCUGAUGUGAUUGCAAGCAUCUUUUCUUCGGCAUGGUGGGUACCACCCUGCUGUGGCACAGCUUCAGCUGUGAUUGGGUUAUUAUACCCCUGCAUUGACAGGCAUCUAGGAGAACCACAUAAAUUUAAAAGAGAGUGGUCCAGUGUAAUGCGGUGCGUAGCCGUCUUUGUUGGUAUAAAUCACGCCAGCGCUAAAGUGGAUUUUGAUAACAACAUACAGUUGUCCCUCACACUGGCUGCACUAUCCAUCGGACUGUGGUGGACUUUUGAUAGAUCUAGAAGUGGUUUUGGCCUUGGAGUAGGAAUUGCUUUCUUGGCAACUUUGGUCACUCAACUGCUAGUCUAUAAUGGUGUUUAUCAAUACACAUCUCCAGAUUUUCUCUAUGUUCGUUCUUGGUUGCCGUGUAUAUUUUUUGCUGGAGGCAUUACAAUGGGAAACAUUGGUCGACAACUGGCAAUGAAACAUGUUUUAAGGAAACUGGUACCAAAUGGGAUCAUGGACCAAUUCACUGUGAUGAACAAUCGAGCAGAGAAGAGAGAGAACCCAAGCGCUGAAUCUGUUUGCUUUAAGAAGGAAAGUUCUAAAAUGCAUUCCCUGGGAAUUUCUGCCAUUGACUGAAACUCAUUUCUAUGUCCUUUAUAGUCAUCACAUGUCACUCCUAGAUCUUCUGGGUUAAUGUCUGCUCAACCAAGGUCUGAUGGUGGCAGUUCUGUUGUGAAAUAAUUCUUUCUGCUUUGACGAAAGCUUGAGAUUUUGCAGCAGGACAUUACAGGAAGACAGAGUGCUGCACCAUCAUCUUAGCAUCAGCUGCCGUGCAUGGUCUCCACACACUUGGCUUGGGAAACCUGCAUGCAGACUGACACGUGGAAGAUGGGGUUUUAAGGUGUUUGUCAAGACCAAUCUCUGGAUUUUCUAUGCUACAGACUCGUGUGGGUCAAUAUCAUGCCUGUCUGAGAGAGACAAGGGGGUCAGUAUGUGUUGAAGCCCAUCUUUCCAAAAUGCAUGUAAAAUUCCUAACAGAGUCAGAUUCAACUUUUUUUCCCCUAGGAAAAAUAAAUUAGUGAUCGUUAAAUCUUUGUUAGGAUUAGUUCUGGUCUCAUGGCACCAACUGACUGCAAGGGGGCCAGGAUGCCAUCCCUCCCCUCAUGGACGGGAGAACCAGUAUGGGUGGGUGAUCACUGGUAACGUCCAGCACAGUUGGUUUAAAGCAUUUUGUGGCUCUGUCUUCCCAUGGGAAUAUAUUCUUUCCUAAGCAAUUCAGAGUGAACACAAAAGAAAAUGAAAAAAAACUUGGUGGUAAAAUUAAAAUUACAGUCUUUAAAAUACAUAAAGUAUAAACAUUGUAUCCAAGUCCUGGAAAGGUGGGAGAGAAGGAAGGAGUUCACGUUUGUCUUUUCCAAUCACCUAAAGAAGAAGUGAGCGGGAGGGAAUGAAUCAGGCAUUGCCUUGGUGCUUCCUAGGAACGUCCCUACACCGCCCUGCAGGUAGGACGAUCCUUUUAUAGCUGCCAACGUCCAGGUUUUUCUAAGUGGCAGAACAGGGUUUCAAACUCUGAUCUCCCUUUGCGCCAACAGCCAAGGCUUCUCACCACCACCACCACCACCACCACACUGUACUGUCCCUGCAAGUCCCUGCAAAUCGUUUUGCAUGUGCAUUUCCAGCAGAUUCUCCAGACCAUCACUGAGAGUAGGGGACGCUGGGCACUGAGGCAUUGCCCACGUGAAUGUGACCUUGACUUCCUAGACAUAGGUUGAAUAUGUUACUGCACUCUGGGAUCUGGGCUCUUUAGGAAGUUGACACAAGCAUUCUUAGAACGUCUGAUGACUUCAGCCCUCAGUGAAUCCCACGACUCAGACCGCAAGCCCCUCUCGAUAGCAGGUGUCCCACCUCAGCUUCCACAGACACAGUCCCAUGUGGAAGUGUGACUGCAUAUAAAGGAGAUACAAUUUUUUUUUUAACAGGUUUUGACUUCUGACCUUUUAAAAAGCUCAGUCUGAGAGAAGUGUGUGUGAGUGAUGGUGCUGGGUGGUCUGGUUUUUGAUGUGCCCUGUAACAGCUAAGCACUGGCCUUGUGGGAUCCACGCACAUGGCUUGUGUAGACGGCAAGUUCUGUUGGAGUCUAAGAACAGGAUGUGAAGUCAGUGGCCAGGAAAGGCCUCUGGAAGGUGGGGGGCACCAGUACGGAUGGGGUUUGAAGGGAGGGUCAGAUCAGAUUGGGGCGGGGGGAGAAGCAUUCCUCUUUUCUGGAGAAUCCAAAAUCCAGUCUGAAUGUACUGAAGAUUGCAGGUAGAGGAAGUGGCAGGACUUCAAGUUCUGAUUAAGCCUGGACUUAAAACAAGGCUUUAGUUCACUCUGGGGAUUUAUUUAUUUAUUUUUGUUUUGUUUUUGGUGGGGGGAGGGGGGAGGUAAUUAGAUUUAUUUAUUCAUUUUUCUAAUGGAGGUCCUGGGAAUUGCACCCCGGACCACAUGCAUGCAAGGCAUGCGCUUUACUACUGAGCUACACCCUCCCUCCGCUUUGGGGAUUUAAAUGACUCCCAAAUAGCCUACAAGCAGGGCAUCUCUGCUUAGGCAGCGUCCCCAGCUGCCCAUGGCCGUGACUCUUAGGAGCCUUCCAAGUUGAGACUGCGCCGUCUGGCACAGCUCAGAGAGUUCCCAUUUUUAUCAGACUUCUACAGAAAAAGAAGGUUCUAUGGCUGAUCAAGGUGUGAUCCUGAAGUUUGACAGAGUCAGGAAAAGUCAGCCUUGGGGAUCAGACAAAUUCAGGCUUGACUGGAGGGGUUAUUUUCUGACUGGGACCCUGGGCAAGUCCUCCAGGCCUUCGAAACUUCAGCUUUUCAUCUAUAAAAUGGAGAUAAACGACCUUCCCUUGAGGGCUGUUAACAUUAAAUGCAAAAAUAAGUAAACAGGCGUCCAAUUAUGUAUUAUUCCCUUUCCUUUCCCUUCUGUCUACU